CGAUUAGUCUAGUGCAGCCGUGCAUGGUGGUUGUAAACUGAUUAUGUAUGUGUGUUUCUUCAUGAUACAGGGUUUUAUAGUUGGUUCUAUAUCUGGUAUUUGCAGAUUUUAUGAACAGGAUAUGCAAUUUUCAUUCAAGGUUGUCUUGUUUUCUGUUCCUUUUUGACGUUUUGUUUCUGAACCUCUAUGUUCUUUAUACAGGAAUCGAGCUUUCCUUAGAUGCCGAGAUACACAUUGGUGGUAGAAAAAGAUCAAACAGCAACAUGAUAACUGGCAUUCAGUUUUUGUUGAAUGAUUCUCAGAGUCAUGAUUACAUCUGGGGAUUCUAAGAUCCGUAUUCUCGAUGGGCACGAGGUUGUCUGUAAAUACAGAGGUCUGUCAAAAUUUGGAAAUCAGAUGUCAGCUGCAUUUAUACCUCAACUAGAAAACAUGUAUUAUCUGUUGGGGAGGACUCUCGCAUUUAUCUCUGGAAAUAUAGUAGAAGAGCUCAGGUUGCUUGCUGCGGCCAAGAAUGACAACAUAGUGAAGGUCUUUAUGUUGCAAGAGAAGUUGGAAGAGAAGGAUAUGAAAAUUAGAAGGAUAAAGAAAGAGCUGGAGCAAAGAGGUGUCAAGGAAGAGCCACAUGAGGAACCCAUCACUACAGUGGAGAUGAAUGAGCUCUCUUUUGAUGAUAAAAUUGCCACCAAUGAGCUUGGAUGUUGAAUUGAUUUUCUUUUAAUAUGUAAACUUCUUUGAAUAUUGUUAAACAUUAGCA